AUGUCUCCAUGCAACCAGUGUAUGGCAAAAGUGUGUGCUUGGACUGUGGGAAAUAAAACUAUCCCAGUCAGCCACAGUGACCUGGUGUAUGUGGGUUCCUUUAUUCGAGGUUAUCAAGGAUCAGCAGGAACUCCAGGUAUCCCAGGAACUCCAGGGGUUCAAGCAGCAACAAAAAAUUGGGUAGAUGAGAGGUUACCUUUUGGAAAUUUUAAGUUAAAUUGUAUUUUUAACUGUAUAUGCAUUUCUUACUUUGCAGAAUCUGUUUGUCCUACAAGAAUUCCAGUGGCAGCUCGAGAUGAAAAAGGAUUUGACAUUCUUGUAGGACUAGGUGUGAAGAAAAAGGUUAAAAAGAGAAUUCAAAUACCAACUACUAAUGCUAAAGCUUAUGAAGUAACCUCCCGUGUUGACCUGUCAGAGUUGACAAGGAAUGUGUUUCCAGAAGGUUUGCCUCCAUCCUAUGUGUUUGUUUCCACUCAAAGAUUUAAAGUAAAAAAGACGUGGGAUUUGUGGAGAGUUCUAAGCCUGGAUAAGAGACCACAGAUAGCAGUCACAAUUAAUGGAGAAGAGAAAACGUUGUCAUUCACUACAACAAGUUUAAUAAAUGGCACGCAGGUUAUUACUUUUGCUGCACCUCGUGUAAAGACAUUGUUUGAUGAAGGCUGGCAUCAAAUUCGUCUCUUAGUUACAGAAGACUUUGUAACUUUGUAUAUAGAUGACCAAGAAAUCGAAACAAAACCAUUACAUCCUGUUUUAGGUAUUUACAUCAGUGGACUAACCCAAAUAGGAAAGUAUUCUGGAAAGGAGGAAACUGUACAGUUCGAUAUACAAAAACUGCGAAUCUACUGUGACCCAGAGCAAAAUAAUCGAGAGACAGUCUGUGAGAUCCCAGGAUUUAAUGGAGAGUGCAUGAAUGGCCCAAGUGAUGUAGGCUCCACACCUGCCCCUUGCAUAUGCCCUCCAGGGAAACAAGGACCUCCAGGCCCCAAAGGAGAUCCUGGGCAGCCUGGGAAUCAUGGUUAUCCUGGUCGGCCUGGUCCAGAUGGUAAGCCUGUGAGUACUAAAAACUCAGUCAUAUAUUGCAAAUGCAAAACUAGAGGAGAAAAUGCAUGUACCACUAAUAACAGAUUCUGAAAUUUUGAUGGUUUUGUCUCUGUUCUUUGAAACUGUGAAUGCCACUAAGCUCUAACAAUUCUACGAAUGUAGCAAUACGUAAAAAUUCUAUGAACUUGUUAAUCACAGUAUUUUUGUGUCAAGCUAAAAUACAGACGUAAUAACAUGAGGUAAGCGUUGUUAUAAAGCAGAGAACACUGUAUGAGUUUUCCUGUUGAUCUUUGCAUCAGUUUGCAGAAGUUAACACCUUCUGACUGUCAGACUUUACUGCGUAGAUUUUUUCCAUUAGAAAGCAGUUUAGUGCAGCUGAAAUAUAGGUAUAGGUACAGAAGGUACAUCGUGCAGUUCUAAGCAUUGUCUAUUAAAAUAUGUCGCAAAAAUGCCUGUAUUUUGCUUUUCUUUUUACUUUAAACUGACAUUCCUUCAGUAUGGAUAGUAAAGGCUGGAAGAAAAUAGAUGAAUAACACAUGCCUCUGAAAUAAAAAUGCCAGAUAUAGCAGUGGUUGGUUUAGUCUUCAAGAUUAACAUUUUUAUUGCAAUAAAACUUUAUUAAAAGCAAAUAAAUAUAUAAUAAUAGUCUAAGAUUUCAUUACAAAAUAAAUUAGAUCUUUGAAUCUAAUUGGAAGCCUUCAAGACAUUGACAUCCAAUCUGCUCUGUUGAGCAAGAUUCUGUUAAAAGGCUGCAGUCCUGCAUUCGCAAAGCAGUGGUAGACAUGUGCCAAUGGUGUGCUGAGAAAAGGCAGGCUAAAAGCUGGGAGUCUCAAUCGUCCAUGUUUUGAUUCUCAGAAUGUGGUCUCUGGUGUUUGUUGUUCAUUAGAAGGUACUUCAGUCCAGAGAAAAA